AUGUCGACAGUUUCAGAGGAAAACAAGGCCGCAGCGGCAGCCAUCAAGGCAAAGGCCAAUGAGGCCUUUAAGAAUAAGGAUUUUAUAGCAGCUGCUAAGCUCUAUGGUGAGGCUCUCGAGAAAAAUGACCAGGACGCCACCAUAUGGUGUAAUAGGGCAUUUGCACGGAUGAAUUUGGAAGAGUUUGGAUACGCGCUGGACGACUGUACCAAGGCAAUAGAGCGGGAUCCACGCUAUGUCAAGGCAUAUUAUCGCAGAGCACUUUGCUAUCUAUCUAUUCUAAAGAACCCUCAAGCAAUUGCCGACUUUAAGAAGACGUUGGCACUAGACCCGCAGAAUGCCGUUGCAAAGAAGCAGCUGGAAGCGACUCAAAAGCUGCAACGACGGAUAGAAUUCGAAAAGGCCAUCGAGCAGGAUGAAGAAGAGACAGCCGUUGAGCGCGUUAUGGAGGCAAUUCGCUCAGGACUCGAUAUUGAAAGUUCGUAUGCUGGUCCGCGGCUCCCUCCGGCGUCAGAGGAAGCGGCUGCAAAGGGGAAGAAGUAUGGUAUCAAUGAAGAGUUUAUCACAAAGAUGGAAGAAUGGUUCAAAGCUGGAAAAACUCUUGCAAAACGAGUUGUCUAUGAAAUAGUGCUCGGCUGCUGGGAUGCUUGUUUACAAGAGGAAAGCUUGAACGAAAUCGUGCUGGAAGAGGGAAUGACGUGCGAUGUGAUUGGCGACACGCAUGGCCAAUACUACGAUCUUCUUCAUCUACUAUCUCUCACUGGCAAGCCCUCUAAGACACACUGUCUCUUAUUCAAUGGAGACUUUGUCGAUCGAGGGUCUUGGUCGGUCGAAGUGGCCUUGACAGUUAUGGCUUGGAAAUGGCUCUUCCCAAAUACUGUACUGCUCAACCGAGGGAAUCAUGAAACGAACGAUAUGAACAAGGUCUACGGUUUCGAAGGAGAGGUAAAGCACAAGCACGGAGAGCUUGCGUAUAAACUAUUUGCACACGUCUUUACGGCGCUACCGCUGGCAACGCUCGUUUCACCCGCCUUGCCGCCUUCUCCGAAAGCAUUGGCUGGUGCUGUUGGCAAAGGUCAAGCGCCGAUCCUGUCCAAAGAAGGCCGAAUGAGGUACUUUGUGACUCAUGGGGGACUAUUCAGCAAGGACAACAUCACAUUGGAUGACAUCCGGGCGAUUCCACGAAUCGGAAAACAGCCAGGGAAUGAAGGACUGAUGUGUGAGUUAUUAUGGACUGAUCCACAGGAGACACCCGGUCGGGGGCCAAGCAAACGCGGUGUGGGGAUUGGCUUCGGACCUGAUGUCACAAAGAACUGGUGCAAGCUUAACGGAAUCACGGGCGUUCUGAGAAGCCAUGAAGUACGGCAAGGCGGUUAUGCCAUUGAGCACGACGGAUUAUGUACGACCGUCUUCAGUGCACCAAACUAUGUGGAUCAGACUGGGAACAAGGGGGCGUUUGUGCGGAUUGAUGCUCAUGGUACUCGAGAAUACACGACGUACGAGGCAGUUCCUCAUCCUCCGAUGAGACCCAUGGCGUAUGCGGGCGCGAUGGGCAUGUUCUGA